AUGGCAGAGUCCACCGAAAACAUUGAACAUCGCUGUGUCUUGAUCAAGGCGAAUGGAGAUCUGGAAGAAGUGAAGGUAAUUCUGUCAGACAAGGAAGCGGUCAAGAAACUAGUGGGCGGAGAUGCGGAAUACAAAGGAGAGAUGGAGGGAAGACAAAUCGCUAUUCUUGGAUCGAAGGAAACGGAAGGAAUGGAAAAGAACGACCUUGGAUUCGAACUAUCUCCUCCGUGCGACAAUGUUUAUGGAACAGUUCUGGCUUUUUUAGUGGGAGUCAACGGAAAGCCGAUUGACCUAAGUAUUUCCCAAUACAGGCGAAGCAAGAAGAAUUUGCGAAAGAAGCAGAACGCAAAGAAUCAAAAGGAAGACGAAACAGAAACCAAAGAGACGAAUGGCACAGCAGAAGACGAGGACGUCAAUGAAUCCGAUAAAAACCAAACAGAAGUGCAUUUGCAAGGACUUCCCUACGAUACAACUGAAGAAACGAUUCGUGAAUUCCUGGGAGAGUGCGGAACGAUCAAAGAGAUUCGCAUUCCAACAUAUCAAGACUCGGGGCGCUGCCGCGGUUAUGCCUUUGUGUCGUUCACAAACCAGGCAGGCGCGCAAGCCGCGCUCAAGAAGAAUAAGGAAUACAUAGGCGAGCGAUAUAUCACAAUCAGUUAUUCAAAUAACCGCAACGACAACAUUCCCAUGUCGAAGAAGGAUGUCAUGGUGCCGAUCGAUUGCCGCUGCAUUUUCGUCAAAAACCUGCCCUACAAUGUGACCGAAGAGGAAAUCCGCUCUGUUUUCAUGCGGUUCGGAAAAAUCAGCGAGGUGCGAAUUCCGGUGUGGAACGACACAGGACGACAGAAGGGAUUGUGCUAUGUGGAUUAUCUGACGAACCAGAGCGUCAAACUGGCGGUGGCGCAGAGCGGCGCUGUGGAGAUGAAGGGACGAAAGCUGUUAAUUGAUGUGGAGUCAGGAAGUCCAAAGGACUCGUUCCGAAUGCCUGACGGUAAUUUGUGGAAGAAUGAACAUAAGGGAGAGCGAAGAAAGCGAAACAACCAGGGAAAAACGAGUUCGGCGGGGAAAAGGGCGAAAAAGGAAUAG